UGAGUGAUGUAGGCCUACUGCUGACGGGUACAUAGCCCACUUAAAAAAUGCCUUCUUUCUUGUGCAGAAACUCGGAAAAGUAAUGGAAAUCAGAUUUCAGUCGCCAAUAAUUAUAACGUAAACGAAUGAAUAAACUUAAAUCCACACAAUUCACUGCUUAUAUAAGCAAUUGAAAUGAGCGCAAUGGAAGUACCUAUGGAUCCACUUUUUCUGGCAUGGAGCUAUUUUAGGAGACGUAAGUUUCAGCAGUGUUCCGAGGUCUGUACCAAGAUGCUAGAGGAUACUCCAUAUGACCAGGCCGCCUGGAGCCUGAAGACGCGCGCUCUGACGGAGAUGGUGUACAUCGAUGAGGUGGACGUGGAUCAGGAGGGUAUCGCCGAGAUGAUGCUGGACGAGAGCUCCAUCGCCCAGGUCGCCCGCCCUGGAACCUCCCUCAGGCUGCCAGGGACAAGCCACGGAGGUGGACCUACACCGGCAGUCAGGCCCACGACUCACUCAGGACGGCCCAUCACAGGAUUCGUGAGGCCCAGCACACAGUCUGGGAGACCAGGUACCAUGGAGCAGGCCAUCAAGACACCCCGCACCGCGCACACUGCCCGGCCAGUCACCAGCGCCUCUGGGAGAUUUGUCCGUCUGGGAACGGCUUCCAUGCUUACGAACCCAGAAGGACCGUUUAUAAACCUGUCCAGGUUAAACUUGGCAAAGUAUGCCCAGAAGCCCAAUCUAUCCAAGACCCUGUUUGAAUACAUCUUCCAUCAUGAAAAUGAUGUUAAAAACGCCUUGGAUCUAGCUGCCCUGGCCACUGAGCAUGCUCAGUUCAAGGACUGGUGGUGGAAAGUUCAGCUGGGAAAGUGUUACUAUAGACUGGGGUUACACCGUGAAGCUGAAAAACAGUUCAGGUCUGCACUCAAUCACCAGGAGUUUGUGGACACAUACCUCUACCUGGCCAAGGUCUAUCAGCGUCUGGAUCAGCCAAUAACUGCUCUGAACCUCUUCAAGCAAGGCCUGGAUUACUUUCCGGGAGAAGUCACCCUGUUGACUGGAAUUGCUCGGAUUCAUGAGGAGAUGAACAACAUCCCCUCAGCCACAGAGUACUACAAAGACGUCCUGAAGCAGGACAACACGCAUGUGGAGGCCAUUGCCUGCAUCGGAAGCAACCACUUCUACACAGAUCAGCCCGAGAUCGCGUUGCGCUUUUACAGACGGCUGCUGCAAAUGGGGGUGUACAACUGCCAGCUGUACAAUAACCUGGGUCUGUGCUGCUUCUAUGCUCAGCAGUAUGACAUGACCCUGUCCUCCUUUGAAAGGGCCCUUUCCCUGGUGGCCAAUGAUGAGGAGCUGGCUGAUGUUUGGUACAAUUUGGGACAUGUGGCUGUGGGAAUAGGGGAGUUAACUUUGGCAUACCAGUGUUUUAAGUUGGCUUUGGCCAACAACAACGACCACGCUGAAGCGUAUAAUAACCUGGCUGUCCUGGAAUUCCGCAAGCAACGAAUCGAGCAGGCAAAAGCUUUCUUGCAGACUGCAGCCUCUCUGGCUCCUCACAUGUAUGAACCACACUUCAACUUGUCAACUCUCUCGGACACGCUGGGAGACCUUCAGAGCAGCUACGUGGCCGCCCAGAAGUCGGAGGAUGCCUUCCCAGAGCAUGUGGACACUCAGCAGAUCCUCAAAAACUUGCGGCAGCACUUUUCUGUACUCUGACCACAUAGAUCGCCUCACAGAGGCAGCUAUAUGUAUGUAUGUAUGUAUAAUGUUACAGAGUUUGUCAGUGGGACUGUUGAUAUCACAGAGAGCUAUAACCACCUGUAUGAGAUUGAUUUAGUACUGUGCUAUAUGACAUCAUAGACAUGGUCUGCUAGCCUACUGUACAGAAAGUAUUUCAGAAUGUAGUUUACAUGUCUACUUAACAGCAUUUUGUCCUUUAUUGCUUAGUGGUAUUCUGGUUUUCAUUCUAGAAAAUGUAUAUUGUUAUUAGUAGAGUUAAAAUAUAUUUGAAUUGAAUGUUGGAUACACGAUAGCAGAAAAGGUAAUGAUGCUUGUCAGUACUGACAUUAAAUGUACAUGGAUGUCAUAUGCUUCGCAUUUAAUAUAUUUUCAAUAUUAAAUGUAUGUGUAUUGCUGUA